UUGGGUGGAUCUCGGUCGGAUAUCGUUACCGGACCGGAUGCACAUUGUUCCGUCCGCGUUUUCGGACGCCCAGGGAACGUUGCUGCUGGGGCGGAUCUUGGGUUGGCACAGAAGCGGCCACGAUAAAGAAUGAGCGGAACCUUGGGGAAGGUGCUGGGCCUGCAGGACAGUGCCAUUUCCAAGCAUGCCUUUUCUCUCUUAAGAUUCCGAAAUUUGGGAGAGAAUCCCAUUUAUUCUCCAGGUGGCGUUCUACUGACUACCAAUCGGUGCUAUAAGACUAAGCCUACUCAUGGCAUUGGAAAAUACAAGCACUUAAUUCAAGUGCAGGAGGCCAAGAAGAAGAAAGUAAAAGUAGAAGUGAGGCCCAUUAAUAUGGGGACAGAUUACGAAUAUGGAGUUUUAAAUAUUCACCUGACAGCAUAUGAUAUGACCCUGGCAGAAAGUUAUGCCCAGUAUGUUCACAAACUCUGCAAUAGUCUCUCCAUCAAAGUCGAGGAAAGUUUCGCGAUGCCCACCAAGACCAUGGAGGUGAUGCGGCUACAGGACCAAGGCAGAAAGAUGGCCGUAGACUCGGUUCUUACUACCCAUGAGCGAGUGGUGCAGAUCAGCGGUUUGAGUGCUACGUUUGCAGAGAUUUUCUUGGAAAUACUCCAAAGCAAUCUUCCUGAAGGCGUCAGCUUGUCAGUGAGGGAGCACUCUGAAGAAGACUUCAAGGGAAGGUUUAAAGCUCGACCAGAACUGGAGGAGUUGUUGGCCAAGUUGAACUAGCUACUGCGGACCCUUUCAUGACGCUGAGUCCCACAGAGAAGUGCUUUCUGGAUAAGCACAGUGAGGCAGGAAAAUGCUUCAUCAGGAACACCUCAUCUCUUUUGGUGGCUGUGCCUGCCUGUUGCCACUUACCUUGAGAUAACAAGGUUUUCUCCAUCUAAUAAAUACCUAUUACUGUU